AUGGGGGUCUGUGGGUACCUGUUCCUGCCCUGGAAGUGCCUCGUGGUCGUGUCUCUCAGGCUGCUGUUCCUUGUACCCACAGGAGUGCCGGUGCGCAGUGGAGAUGCCACCUUCCCCAAAGCUAUGGACAACGUGACGGUCCGGCAGGGGGAGAGCGCCACCCUCAGGUGCACAAUUGACAACCGGGUCACCCGGGUGGCCUGGCUGAACCGCAGCACCAUCCUCUAUGCUGGGAAUGACAAGUGGUGCCUGGAUCCUCGUGUGGUUCUCCUGAGCAACACCCAGACCCAGUACAGCAUCGAGAUCCAGAACGUGGAUGUGUAUGACGAAGGCCCCUACACCUGCUCUGUGCAGACAGACAACCAUCCAAAGACCUCGAGGGUCCACCUCAUCGUGCAAGUGUCACCUAAAAUUGUAGAGAUUUCUUCAGAUAUCUCCAUUAAUGAAGGAAACAAUAUCAGCCUCACCUGCAUAGCAACUGGUAGACCAGAGCCUACGGUUACCUGGAGACACAUCUCCCCCAAAGCUGUUGGCUUUGUGAGUGAAGACGAAUACUUGGAAAUUCAGGGCAUUACUCGAGAGCAGUCAGGGGACUACGAGUGCAGUGCCUCCAACGAUGUGGCUGCGCCAGUGGUGCGGAGAGUAAAGGUUACCGUGAACUACCCACCAUACAUAUCAGAAGCUAAGGGGACAGGCGUCCCCGUGGGACAGAAGGGGACACUGCAGUGUGAAGCCUCAGCAGUUCCCUCUGCCGAGUUCCAGUGGUACAAGGACGACAAAAGACUGAUGGAAGGCAAGAAGGGGGUCAAAGUGGAAAACAGACCCUUCCUGUCCAAGCUCAUCUUCUUCAAUGUCUCUGAACACGACUAUGGGAACUACACAUGCGUGGCCUCCAAUAAGUUGGGCCACACCAAUGCCAGCAUCACGCUAUUUGAACUAAAUGAGCCUACAAGCUCAACUUUGUUGCAAGAAGUGACAACUACAGCCCUGACCCCUUGGAAAGGCCCAGGCGCAAUCAGCGAGGUGAGCAACGGGACGUCGCGGAGGGCAGGCUGCGCUUGGCUGCUUCCCCUCCUGGUCUUGCACCUGCUGCUGAAAUUUUGA